GCGCGCGCACACACACCCACACACACACACACACACACACUGGCAGGUCCUGUGGGCGGGAUCUACAUAGAGAAAGUGAAAGUCCGUGAGGGCCACAAGGAAGGAUGAUGAGGCCCAACUGACCGAGGUUCAAGAAGAAGUCCCGGGGAACUUGCCUGACGCUUUUGCUCCAGCAGUAUUAGUGUCCAACACUGAGAUCAGGUGGUCCUCAGUUGCUCCCUGUAUGUGGGAUAUGACCACGUGAUCUCAAUACACACAGGUUGGCAAUUCUUUGAAGCAGGGGUCGAAGCACAUUUCCUCCACAAUGGCCUUGGUGAGGCUGCUAGUGCUGUCUGUAUUUCACGUGUCUCUGGUUUGGUGUAACCGCAACCUGAGUUCACAACAGGCGUCGAGCCCGCCAGUGGUACAACCUCCUUUGGGUGCUGGUAAUCUGUCCUUCCCCUGGAGCCGUCUCCGCCUGCCAAGGUACAUCAUUCCUCUCCACUACCGCCUUUUCCUGCACCCCAACCUCACGAGUCUCAGUUUCACUGGCUCUGUGCAGAUCCAGAUUGAUGUCCAGAACAAUACAAACUGGGUUGUAUUACACAGUAAAGGUCUACAGAUCUCCAAAGCCACCAUAUUGAACCAGAACUUCACUCAUCUCUCGGACCAGGUUCUUCCAGUUCUUCAUAACCCUUCGCAUGAGCAGAUUGGCAUUUUCUCUCCCUGGGUGCUCAGCAGUGGGCAAAAGUAUUUCCUGUAUAUUGAGUUUGGGGCAGAGCUAGCAGAAGGGUUCUAUGGUUUCUACAAGAGCACCUACAGAACCACCACAGGGGAGACUAGAACCUUAGCUUCAACUCACUUUGAGCCCACGAGUGCUCGGAUGGCAUUCCCUUGCUUUGAUGAGCCGAUCUUUAAAGCCAACUUCUCAGUACGGAUCAGGAGGAGCCCAGAGCACAUUUCUCUCUCCAACAUGCCUGUGGUCAAGACGGUUGAGCUGAGCGAUGGUCUGCUCGAGGACUGGUUUGCUGCGAGCGUAAAGAUGAGCACAUAUCUCGUGGCGUUCGUCAUCAGUGACUUCAGAUCUGUCACUGCGACCACAUCCUCUGGAGUGCAGGUGUCCGUCUAUGCUGCCCCUGAGAAAAUGCCUCAGACCCACUAUGCACUGGAGGUUGCUGUCAAAAUGUUGGACUUCUACGAGGAGUUCUUCAACAUCCGCUACCCUCUACCCAAACAAGAUUUGAUAGCCAUCCCAGACUUUCAGUCAGGCGCGAUGGAGAACUGGGGUCUGACCACCUACAGAGAGACAAGCCUCCUCUUUGACCCCCUCACUUCCUCCGUGUCUGACAAACUCUGGGUCACUAUGGUGAUCGGCCAUGAGCUCGCCCAUCAGUGGUUUGGUAACUUGGUGACCAUGGCGUGGUGGAACGAUAUCUGGCUGAAUGAAGGAUUUGCCAGAUACAUGGAGUACAUUUCAGUGGAGGCCACCUACCCGGACCUCACUGUGGAGGAAUAUUUACUACACACCUGCUUUGUCGCAGUAGGCCUUGAUUCGUUGAAUUCCUCUCGCCCAAUAUCCAGCGACGCAGAGAACCCCACUCAGAUCAAAGAGAUGUUCGACACAGUCUCCUAUGACAAAGGAGCAUGUGUUCUGCACAUGCUGCGACACUUUCUGACAGAUGAUGUGUUUCAGAGAGGGAUCGUGCGAUACCUACGCAAAUUCAGCUACAAAAAUGCACACAACCAGGACCUGUGGGACAGUAUGGCCAAUACAUGCUCAGAAGAGGACUUUAUCUCAGGAAAACACUGUUACAGCAGCAGCCAGAACACCAAAAAUGCAUACCUGUUCGCAGGGGAGCAUCUGGAUCUGACAGCCAUGAUGAACACUUGGACUCUGCAGAAAGGCGUUCCUCUGGUGACUGUAACCAGGAAGGGGUCUCGUCUCCUGCUUAGACAGGACAGGUUCCUGAGGACAGUCCUACCGUCUGACCCUGUCUGGCCCUCCUUGCAGAAGGGUUUCCUUUGGCAUAUCCCUCUGACAUACAAGACCGAUGCCUCCAGCACAAUUCACAGACACCUGAUGACAACGCACACAGACAGUAUACCCAUAGAAGAGGAAGUCAAUUGGGUGAAGGUAAACACUGACAUGACUGGCUAUUAUGUGGUUCAUUACGAGGACGGUGGUUGGGAUGAGAUGACAACACUGCUGCGGGAGAACCACACUGCUCUGAGCUACAAAGACAGAACUCACUUGAUACACAACGCUUUUCAGUUGGUCACGUCAGGUCACCUGGCAAUAAAUAAAGCCUUAGAACUGAUCGAUUAUCUGCGAUUGGAGACACACACAGUGCCUCUCCUCCAAGGACUGGGCUAUCUGGAGGCGUAUUACCGGAUGAUUGAGAAAAGGAAUGAGCUUGAGCUAACACACAACCUGGGGAUGUACAUCCUGCAAUUUUUCCGUGCCGUCAUCGACCAGCAGACAUGGAGCGACAGCGGCUCUGUGUCAGAGCGACGGCUGAGGUCAGAGGUCCUCUCUCUGGCUUGUCACCUUGAGGACCCUCCCUGUCUCCAGCGGGCGCAUCAGAGCUUCAAAGACUGGCUUGAGUCCAAUGGAACACUCAACUUACCCACUGAUGUGGCGGUGACAGUGUAUUCAGUGGGAGCGCAGGAUGACCAUGGCUGGGCCUCGCUCUUACACACAUACAAAAACUCCCUCUCUGCAGCACAAAAACACAAAUUCUUAUUUGCUUUGACUUGCAGCAGAGACACCAGCAAACUGGAAAAACUGCUAGAGCUGGGUCUUGAAGGGAAGGUGAUUCGCUCGCAGGACCUGUCUGGCCUCAUCCUGAUGGUGGCGAGGAACCCGCUGGGCCAUCACCUGGCCUGGAACUUUGUCAAAAAAAACUGGGACACGCUGGUUAAAAAGCUCCAGUUGGGCUCAUUUUGUAUGAGACACAUCAUCACUGGUACCACGGGCCAGUUUUCUUCUUCAGAGGAGCUCACUGACGUACAAUCUUUCUUUGAGUCCAUCAAAGAACAAGCAUCUCAGCUGAGAGCUACUCAGGUUGCCCUAGACAACGUGCAGAAGAAUGUUCGCUGGAGCCAAAGGAACCUAGAGCCUCUGAGAAUCUGGUUGAAUGAGCAAAAGAAGUGAAAGACAGCAGGAAUCGAGGUGGUGGUUGACAUUUACCACAUAAAGGAUAUCUGAAUGUGUUUUAAAUUUGUAUGCGUGUUUUCAAUUGGAAAUUGUAAUGUGCUUCUUGAUAUCGCUGUAAAGCCUUUUGUACAUUUUCAGAAGACUAAUUUGUUAAAAAAAACAUAGAAUUUGGAAAAUUGGCAGCUGAGCAGAGGCAAUUUAUGUGAGUAGCCAUAUACAUUGUGUGCGUGUGUGUGUCAGUGUGUGUGCGCGCGAGAGAGAAAGAGAUCCAUUCCAAAGUAAGGCACAUGUGUUCUGUGAAAGGAUUGUUCACCAUAUAGACAAUAAAAUGGUUCAUUGCUCCCUC